AUGAAUACAAUCAGAAGGUUGAAUGAUGCAGCUGGGAGGGUCUACACUGGACAGCAAGAAGUUACAAGUUGCCUAGUGGAAUCCAUGAAAGGUUUAUUUGCCAAAGGGAAUCGAGUGGAGGAGAGCAGAAUCCUCCCUUUAGUCACCCCCAGAGUGACAUCUGACAUGAAACAGAUUCUCCUUGCACCUUUCACUGAGGAGGAGAUUUGGUUUGCACUGAAAUGUAUGGGAUCAAACAAAGCCCCUGGGCCAGAUGGAAUGUCAGCUCGUUUCUUUCAGAAACACUGCCAUAUUGUGGGCCAAACAGUCCUAAGUGAGCUAAGAGGCUACCUGGAGGUGGGAGAGUUCCCAAUGAUGCUAAAUAAGACUCUGAUUGCACUGAUCCCAAAGAAGAACAAACCUAGUACUCCUACUGACUUUCGCCCUAUAAGUCUGUGCAAUGUACUUUACAAAAUCAUGUCAAAAGUACUCGCAAACAGACUUAAACAGUUGUUGAAUAUGGUUAUAGGAGAGCAACAAAGUGCUUUCAUCCCUGGAAGGUUCAUAACUGACAACAUCCUAAUAGCAUUUGAGUGUUUCCAUACCAUCAAACAGAAGACUCGAGCAAAAACAGGGUUUAUGGCAGCGAAACUGGACAUCUCAAAAGCGUAUGAUAGGGUUGAAUGGGACUUCCUAGAAGCUAUGAUGUUAAAGUUUGGAUUUGCAGAAAGGUGGGUAAGAAUGAUUAUGAAAUGCAUCACAACAGUCACCUAUUCUAUUCUGGUGAAUGGACACAGAUCAGAGGAGUUUCAACCAGAGAUGGGUCUCAGGCAGGGGAACCCUCUCUCACCCUACUUGUUUCUGUUCUGUGUGGAAGGUUUAGCAACACUGUUAACAAAUGUUGUUAAUUCAGGGAAGAUACAUGGAUUGAAAACCUCGGCCAGAGGGCCAAUCAUCUCACACCUACUCUUUGCGGACGAUAGUGUCCUUUUCACUAAGAUACUCCACAGGAAAGCUGCCAACUAA